UCGGGCGCCUGGGGCUGGGGAGCGUGGAGGAGCCAUGGCCACCGCCAACGGGGCCGUGGAGAACGGGCAGCCGGACAGGAAACAGCCUGCCCUGCCGCGUCCCAUCCGCAACCUAGAGGUCAAGUUCACCAAGAUAUUCAUCAACAAUGAAUGGCAUGAAUCCAAGAGUGGAAAAAAGUUUGCCACGUAUAACCCUUCAACUCUAGAAAAAAUAUGUGAAGUAGAAGAAGGAGAUAAGCCCGACGUGGACAAGGCUGUGGAGGCCGCACGAGCCGCCUUCCAGAGGGGCUCGCCAUGGCGCCGGCUGGACGCCCUGAGCCGCGGCCGGCUGCUGCACCAGCUGGCUGACCUCGUGGAGAGGGACCGCGCCGUCCUGGCAACCCUGGAAACAAUGGACAUGGGGAAGCCGUUCCUUCAUGCCUUUUUCAUUGACCUGGAAGGAUGUAUUAAAACCCUCCGAUACUUUGCAGGGUGGGCAGACAAAAUACAGGGCAGGACCAUCCCCACAGAUGACAACGUUGUGUGUUUCACAAGGCAUGAGCCCAUAGGUGUGUGUGGGGCCAUCACUCCUUGGAACUUCCCUCUGUUGAUGCUGGUGUGGAAACUGGCACCUGCUCUCUGCUGUGGGAACACUGUGGUCGUGAAGCCCGCCGAGCAGACUCCUCUUACCGCCCUUUAUCUGGGCUCUCUGGUGAAAGAGGUCGGAUUCCCUCCAGGCGUGGUCAACAUCGUGCCAGGAUUUGGGCCAACAGUAGGAGCAGCAAUUUCUUCACACCCUCAGAUCAGCAAGAUAGCCUUCACUGGGUCCACAGAGGUUGGAAAGCUGGUUAAAGAAGCUGCUUCCCGGAGCAACCUGAAGAGGGUGACCCUGGAGCUUGGGGGGAAAAACCCCUGUAUUGUGUGUGCAGAUGCUGACUUGGACUUGGCAGUGGAGUGCGCCCAUCAGGGAGUUUUCUUCAAUCAAGGCCAGUGUUGCACGGCUGCCUCCAGGGUGUUCGUGGAGGAGCCAGUCUACACCGAGUUUGUCAGGCGGAGCGUGGAGUACGCCCAGAAGCGGCCCAUCGGAGACCCCUUUGACGCCAGGACUGAACAGGGGCCCCAGAUUGACCAAAAGCAGUUCAACAAAAUCCUCGACCUGAUUGAGAGCGGGAAGAAGGAGGGAGCCAGGCUGGAAUGUGGAGGCUCGGCUCUGGAAGACAGGGGGCUCUUUAUCAAGCCCACUGUCUUCUCUGAAGUCACUGACACCAUGCGGAUCGCCAAGGAGGAGAUUUUUGGACCGGUGCAGCCAAUACUGAAGUUCAAAAAUAUUGAAGAAGUGAUCAAAAGAGCAAAUAGCCUUGAAUAUGGACUCACAGCAGCUGUGUUUACAAAAAACCUCGAUAAAGCGCUGAAGCUGGCGUCUGCGCUAGAGUCUGGGACUGUCUGGAUCAACUGCUACAAUGCCAUCUACGCACAGGCUCCAUUUGGUGGCUUUAAAAUGUCAGGAAAUGGCAGAGAACUAGGUGAAUAUGCGCUGGCAGAGUACACGGAAGUGAAGACCGUCACCAUCAAACUCGAUGACCGGAAUCCCUGAGGGAAAGGUCCCAGGGGACAGUGAAGAGGCUCAGAGUAUUGCCAAGAGGAAGUGGUGGUUAGAGUAGCCAAUCACUUAAAAAUGUGUUGCUGACUCCGACUCCAGUUAGAACUUG